CUUAAGAAACAAUGAAAUUUCAUGGGCCAUAGAAGAUGCUAGUGAAGCUUUUGCUGGACUUACAAGUCUCACUAAAUUAAUCUUACAAGGAAAUCAAAUUAAGUCAAUUACAAAGAAAGCAUUCAUUGGUCUUGAAUCCCUUGAGCAUCUCGAUUUGAACAACAAUGCUAUAAUGUCUAUCCAAGAAAAUGCUUUUUCUCAGACUCGCUUGAAAGAACUGAUUCUGAACACAAGCAGUUUACUCUGUGACUGCCAUUUGAAGUGGUUGCUUCAGUGGCUGGUUGAUAAUAACUUCCAGCAUUCUGUGAAUGUAAGCUGUGCACACCCUGAAUGGCUAGCAGGGCAGAGCAUCCUGAACGUGGACCUGAAAGAUUUUGUCUGUGAUGAUUUUCUCAAGCCACAGAUAAAAAUGCAUCCUGAAAAUACAAUCGCUCUUAGAGGCACGAAUGUGACUCUGACGUGCACUGCAGUGAGCAGCAGUGAUUCACCCAUGUCUACCAUGUGGCGCAAAGACAGUGAAAUCCUGAAUGACAUCGAUAGCGAGAAUUUUGUUCGUUAUCAGCAGCACGCUGGAGAAGCUCUAGAAUAUACGAGUGUCUUACAUCUUUUCAAUGUGAACUUCACAGAUGAAGGAAGAUAUCAGUGCAUCGUUACUAAUCACUUCGGUUCUAAUUAUUCUCAGAAAGCCAAACUGACUGUGAAUGAGAUGCCAUCUUUCCUGAAAACGCCAAUGGAUCUCACUAUUCGCACUGGUGCCAUGGCCAGAUUAGAGUGUGCUGCAGAGGGGCACCCUGCACCUCAGAUUUCCUGGCAGAAAGAUGGUGGCACUGACUUUCCUGCGGCUCGAGAAAGACGCAUGCAUGUCAUGCCCGAGGAUGAUGUCUUCUUCAUUGCCAACGUGAAAAUAGAAGACAUGGGAAUCUAUAGCUGCAUGGCACAAAAUAUAGCCGGAGGCCUCUCAGCAAAUGCCUCACUCACAGUAUUAGAGACACCCUCAUUUAUCAGACCGCUGGAGGACAAGACAGUAACGCGAGGUGAAACUGCGGUAUUACAGUGCAUAGCUGGAGGGAGUCCUGCCCCUCGCCUCAACUGGACCAAAGAUGAUGGGCCCCUGCUGGUGACAGAACGGCACUUCUUUGCUGCAGCCAACCAGCUUCUCAUCAUUGUCGAUGCUGGCCUGGAAGAUGCUGGGAAAUACACCUGCAUUAUGUCUAACACCCUUGGGACAGAACGUGGUCACAUUUACCUGAAUGUCAUUUCAUCCCCCAAUUGUGACUCUUCCCAGAGUAGCAUUGGGCAUGAAGAUGAUGGCUGGACCACAGUUGGCAUCGUCAUCAUUGUUGUGGUCUGCUGUGUUGUGGGCACCUCUUUGAUCUGGGUCAUUGUUAUUUACCAUAUGAGAAGGAAGAAUGAAGACUAUAGUAUCACGAACACAGAGGAGCUUAAUCUGCCUGCAGACAUUCCCAGCUACUUGUCUUCCCAAGGAACACUGUCGGAGCCACAGGAAGGCUACAGCAACUCUGAGGCAGGCAGUCAUCAGCAACUCAUGCCUCCUGCCAAUGGAUAUUUACACAAGGGCGCUGAUGGUGGCCCUGGUACCCGGGUUAUUUGCUCCGAUUGUUAUGACAAUGCCAACAUCUACUCCAGGACCCGAGAAUACUGUCCGUACACCUAUAUUGCUGAGGAAGAUGUUCUAGAUCAGACACUGUCCAGCCUCAUGGUCCAGAUGCCCAAAGAGACAUAUUUGGCACAUCCUGCCCAAGAUGCCCCUACCCUGGAGAGCCUGGUAUCAUCAGUAGACAGAGAGAUGGCUGCCUUUCCCACCAACCAUGAGAGGAUAAAUGAGAAGAAACUUCCCUCCACACAGAUGAGCAGUGAAACGUUGCCGCGGCCUCUUUGGAACAUGAGCAAAGAACUAGGCCUGCCUCAUCCUCCCUUUUCCCAGCAGCCAGUCCUUGAGCCACCACAACUCCAUCAGAAUGAGGGUCUGGCAGAGAGUGGCCCAGAGGGUUCUGCCUCCCCCACGCCCUGUCACAGGUUGCACGACCAUGCUUUUGAUUUUAGUAGGACUCGGAACAUUCAAGAUGGUAGUGAGGGCACAUGAACCUCACUCCAGGCUGAAAUCUGGGCCAAGACUCCAGUUAAUUCAUUUUGUAUUUACUACCUCAGAGUUCAGAAGAAACCCCAAAGUCAGCAUUUGCUUUACCCUGUCUGCAAUUACAUCUGACCCCACCGAGGUGGACCAGGCAUUUGUUUGGGCUUAUUCCUGAGGAAGAAGGGGAAACGGCUGACAGAAGUGGGUACAUCUAAUAAAACAUGUGCAACACGGGCAGAGGAAAAUACAGGACAACUGUGCUUGCUGAUGGUUCCACGGGGUUGUGCCCAGCUGUGCAUUGCCUAUUAGGGAGAGCCUCAUUGCUGCCUAACAUGCUGGAUUGUCUCAACCUGCAGAAUGAUUCUGAGAAAACAUCACUGUUCUGUUGUGUCUUCCAAGGAACAGAAAUAACUUCGGAGCUCUCUGGGAGGUGUGUCUGGGAUUCUUCAGUGGUUUUAAGCAUCUAGUUGAGACCGAGGCUUUGAUAUUCAAGGUCUUUGACAAGAAUCCCAGGCUUGACCAACUGUUACCACAUCAAGGGGUGUUGUAUUCUUGUGAAUCUUUUUUUUUUUUUUUGGUCCCUGUCACCCAGGGAUCUCGUUGUAAAUACAUGUGCAUUUAUAAAUAAUUUUUGUAUUCAUUGACCAUAUGUGUUAGCUGCAUUGUAAAUAUUUUUGAUAUGCCAAAAUUAUAUAUAAUAUUCAGUUAUAAUAUUGACAGCAGCUUCUCAGACCACAGAUUUUGUAUGACUUGGUUUAGUGAACCUAAAGACUUUGUUUAAAGUUUUAAAAAUGUGUUUGUUAAGAAGUAUAUGUAUAGAGGCAGGGUACCUAGUGAUUGCAUACACACAAACACAAUCUUGGUGUAAUUAACCACUUUCUUCGUACCUAGAAGUUCAUACAUCUAGUCAUUUGCCAUCUGUUUACAAGUGCCAGGUAAUACUACCUUUCUAGCAUAAGAAGACUCAAAAGACUAGCAGUCUUGUCCUAGACAUGUGCACAGAGAGAAAAUUUCUUUUGGGAAUAUCUUUCAGCAAAGUCCUUAGUUGAUGAGGAAACCAAAGAUGCUUCUUUUCAGUUUGUUUUUUUGUAUUUCUUCUACCAAGGCACAGUAUAUCUUAAGAAGGGAAGAGUGCUUUUGGGUAAGUCGAAUGUGCACAAAUUCAUAAACUGUAAAGCUUUAGAGUGUUUUCCUUGUUUAUACAAGUGAUUAUUUAAGCCAAAAAGUUCUCUUGAAUUUUUGAUAGCAAAAAGCUUUAUAUGAACAAAGAACUUCUAAUGGAAUGUAAUGGACUAAAGUUCGUUUUUUCUUUAUUCUUUCGGAUUUCCUUACUUAGGCUGUCAGAUUCUGUCCUCUCAAUCUAGUGAGUACUAGUUAUGUGCUGGAUGACUCCCAUCACUUAAAUGAAAAUAUCUAUUUCUAAGUUAUUGUGCAUUUCAAGGGUUCUAAACUCACAUAAUGUCUUCGCUUUUUGCCACAAAGGUGAAUUGCGUACUAGUUCUCAAUCCUAGUUUUUUUCUCCCAUAGGCAGUGGCGUGCGUCUCUUUAGUGGUUUUGUACCACCAAGCCGUUCUCUCUUUUCUUUUUCAAACUGUCACCCUCUGUUCAUUUUUACUUCGAACUUCUUAAGUAUCACUAUUUUCCCAUCCUUUCAAUUUGUGAUUCUUCUUCUUCCUUACUGGGUUGUACUGUUAUCUGUACAGGGCUGACUUAGAAUCAGGAGACCUGAUUUUGUUCCUGGCUCUGGUCCUUACUGGCUGUGCAGUCAGGGGCAAGUGUCUACUUCUCAGCCUGAUUUUCUCAUUUAUGAAAUGAGGGAAUUCUACUGGAUGCUCUAAAGCCCUUUCCAGCUGUAAUGUUCUGUGAAUCUGUGAUCCCUCCAGGAACCAAGGAGCAUUCUGCUCCUCUAAUAAAAAGCUGCUUUCACGAAACGUUUGUUAGA